UUGAACAGAGGGAGGGUCUGCAUUCACCUCCUUCCCAGCAUCAGAGCCUCACAGACAGGACAGAGAGGAACAGGCACAGGGGAACAGACCCAAGCUGCCCUUGGAUGUGGAGGAAAGCUGAAGAAGAUUCUGGAAGAAGACUUUGGAUGCUCGCAUGUGCUCACUGUGACUAUACUGUGGAUUUUUUUGCAUAGUGUUUGAUUGAGGAGGACUGGAUCUCUGGGAGUAGACCAAAGGGAAGAAGACAUGCUCCAAUAGGACAACAUUGACAUUAGAUGGCACUCAGCACACAGUCAUCACUCACAGAACACACAUGCUAUACAAACACAAACACACAUACACACACACAAGUGAACAUACAGAGGGUCUUCUGAGCAUAACUGCAAAUUCUCCAAAAGUGUGGCUAUUUUCCAUUGAUCACUUCUCACGGACUGAGAAGCAAACUCAAGGACAAGCUAUGCAAAGAUGACGGGAAUGUUGUUUAUCAUUCUUCUGGCCCAUGCUGUGGUGGUUAGUGAGAGUGAACCCACCCAGCCCGGGCUUGAGAGAGGGGGGCAGGACUCUGAGGUUACAGAAGUGGGGGUUAUAGAUCUUGUGCUGGUCCAUAUGACGGAAGACAAAGUGUUCCAGCUGAUCAAUGCCUCCUUGAGUUUCCAGUGGGCCAGGCGCUUCUGCAGGAGUCACUUCAGUAUGCUGACUCUAAAGGAGUCACAGGAGGAUGAGGAGGGAGCUCUCUGGCUGCUAAAAGAGUUCCAGCUGCAGGAGCCCAUUUGGGUUGUAGAUGGCAACAGACCACUCUUCAGAGAAUCUGUGGCUGUGUCCAAACAGUACAAGGUCCUGCCCACCUUGUCCUUCUCUCUGGACACCAUGGAGGGCCACGCUCGCCUCAACACACACUUCCCACUGCUGCAUGCUGUGAGUGUGUGUGUGCGCAUCCAGUGGGAUCAACGGCACAACCAGGUCUCCACCAUCUUCUCCUACGCCGCCUCCGUCUUCAUCAACGAGUUUCAGCUCCGAGGACGAGCAGAUGGCGCGGACCAGCAGGUCCUGCUGGCCCUCAUCGUCCAUGGUCACCACUGCCCGUAUAAGGCCUCCUUCCCCAAUGAUGGAGAGUGGCAUCUGGUGUGUGUUAGCUGGAGGUACAGGGAUGGACUCUGGGCAAUAUACAUUGAUGGGGAGAUGAGAGACACGGGGACGCAGACUGAUACAACUCGAGAGAUCCACGGCGACGGGAUUUUCAUCUUGGGUCAGGAUCAGGAUUCUUUUGGCGGUGACUUUACAGAGCCGUUUGUGGGGAAUAUCACGGAUUUGAAUGUGUGGGACAGGGUUUUGGAGGAGGAACAGAUUCAGACACUGAAGGCAUGCUGGCCCCUGGAAAACCAGGAUGCCCUCUUCAGCUGGACUAGUCAGAAUCUGACCCUCCACCCGGAUGUAAAGGGAAUACCUGCCAAUAUAUACUGCCCAGGUAUACAGAGGCAGAGUGGGAGAGAAGAGUGUGAUGUUCUGCAGGGCUGGUCCUCUCACCACCUGCCACAGUACAGCAAACAGCUCUGCUCUGAGGAACUGCCCUUUAUCUGUAGAACCAGCAAAAAGCGUUAUAUGAUAAUGAAAGAGCUGAAGGAAGUCCAGAGCUCUCGUCCGAGUCCUUUCAUGAGCCACUUGAUGCAGGUCUCUGGGGAUACACAGGUCAUGGAGGAGCCUGUAGCAGGCAUUAGCUUGGGGCAAGCGUCUCAUCUCCUCAAUGUCUCGCAGCAAGCUCUGAGUGAAACGCGCAAGCCCCUGGAGCCAGCAGACGUGCUGUCGCUCAUGCAGAUCCUGUCUCGUGCAGCUGAAGUGUCCACCGUUGCGAACGAGAGCCAAACAACCAUCGAGCAACUGAGUCAACAUUUCGUCACAGUGGCGGACAAUAUCAUUAGCUCUGACAAUGCCCGUAUGUGGAAUGUGGUCAAAGAGGUUGCCAGUGGGCCAAUGUCUGUGGUCCGGAGCAUAGACCGCAUGGUGACCAAUCUCAACCCCUUGCUGAUAGCUGAUAGAGAUGUUGUUCAAAUCCAAAGCGACAACAUCAAGCUGCAGGUUCAGCAAAGGAGUCUGGGAGAAGGCACAGAGAGUUCCAACUUUUGUGGUCCACUCUCAGAAAAUAACACAGGCCUGGACUGCAUCUCCCUGCCAUCUCAGCAAAUGGAAGAACUCCACAGCAAUGGGUUCAGGAAGGUCACAUUCUUGAACACCUGGUAUGGUUCUCUGCAACAGCUCUUUAACACAGAGGAAAACAUCACCACAUUUCCUGAAAUCAGUGAUGGAACACAGAGGUUCCUGGGCACCAUAUUAGGCUCAUCAGUCAUCUCCAGCACUGUUCUAGGGGAUGGGCAACCCAUCAGUAUGCCUGUACGCUUUCAACUACAGCACAGAACACAGAAUCCCACAGGUUUUGUAUAUGAACCCAUAUGUGCAUUUUGGGAUUUUAACCUCAUGCCAGAGGAUGGUGGAAGCUGGUCCUCGUAUGGCUGUGAAGUCCUCUCCACCCAGGAGGACUCCACUACCUGCUCCUGCAACCACACCACCAAUUUUGCCUUGCUUCUGCAGAUCUAUGAAGUCGAGAGAAGCCCAGGGGAAGAGAAGACCCUGCAGAUGCUGACGUUCACUGGAUGUGGCGUGUCCCUGUGUGGCCUUAUUCUCACUCUCAUCCUCUUCACUGCAGUUGGAGUGCCAAAAUCAGACCGCACAACAGUCCACAAGAACCUGAUAGUGGCUUUGGCAGUGGCACAGCUCCUCCUGAUGAUAAGUGACUGGGCGUCCACAAACCAUGAGGCGUGCCUGUUGGUGACAGCUCUGCUGCAUCUCUUCUUCAUGGCUUCAUUCAGCUGGAUGCUGGUGGAGGGGCUGUUGCUGUGGAGUAAAGUAGUGUCCGUAAACAUCAGCGAGGAGAGACGUAUGCGCUUCUAUUAUGCACUGGGCUGGGGUUUACCUGUUGUGAUUGUCACUUUGACCUUGACAAUAUCCCUCAACAAGUACAAAGCAGACAACCACUGUUGGCUCAACAUAGAGUCUGAUAUAAUAUGGGCCUUUGUGGGACCUGUUCUCUUCGUUUUGACAGUGAAUACUGUUGUGCUUUGCCGUGUUGUCAUGGUAACUGUAUCCAGCGCUCAACGUAGAGCAAAGAUGCUCAGUCCAAGCUCUGUGUCCAAGCUCCACACAUUUGACCUCACCUGGGCUGCGACUCGUCCUGUUCUGAUUUUGCUGCCUGUGUUGGGCCUCACCUGGCUCUGUGGAGUCCUGGUGCACACGUCUGUGGUGGUGGCCUACAUUUUCAUCAUUCUCAAUGCCUUUCAGGGCCUGUAUAUAUUCCUGGUGUAUGCCGUUUACAACAGUGAGGUACGAAAUGCCAUAAAGAGGAUUCAGGAGAAGAGGAAGGCGUUGUCCUUCACGAACUGUUCUCAGCCCAUCAGCUUCCUCCCGUCCCAGAGGACUCCCACAGCCUUCUGGGCCCAGAGCCUGCCCACCCCGUCCAGCCUGGAGAACAGUGAUGCAUCAAGCCCUGUCACAAGCACCACCUCCAGCUCACUGGUCUUCAAGAACGAGAGUUUCAGAAAGGACAGCUUUGUCAGUUUUUCUCUAAAACCAGCUUCUGGGAAUCAGGUGGUUGAACUGACUGCCUUCAAGCCUUCAGGUUGCUGAGAUGAAAUUGUGAUAGUUGCUAAAGACCUGGACUUCACAGAAAUAUGGACUUCUUUAUGGGAUGAAGCAAAGGACACAAUUUAGCCAAACAUUAAAAACUAUGACAUGCACACUCUCAUUAUUUCACACUCUUCCACCCAAACACACACACACACACACACAUGCAUACGCACGCACACACGCACACACACACACACACACACACACACACACACACACACACACACAUCAAGCCAGGAAGCAGCUGGAUAGAUAGCUGCCUCCCCCACGAUGCGCCAGAACUCCUCCACAUUUUGCACAGCAUUCCCAGGAUUCAGUCCAGAGAACACAGAACAAGGUGAAUGCCCAAGCCUGUCUACUACAGAGCCAGAACACCAGUAUCAUGAGCCUCUACCAUUGUUUGCCUCAGUAUUAAGUGCUGCAAUUAGUUAAACAUACUUCAUCAGACUUGGCAUUAUUGUAAAUACUACCAUUGCAUUUGUCUGCAUAAUACAAUCUCCAAUGAGGCAUAUGCAGAGACAAAACUGUGAGUUAUUGCCUUUCAUUUUAUAUCAGAGUAUGUAACGCACAAAAUCAAACUAAUUAGAGGUAGUAUUGUAAAACAUUAUCAAAACGCAUGACCAGACAGCACUGUUGUAUUGUCAGUGUACAAAUGUAGAUUUUGAUUGAGGUGGAUCUUCCCAUCUGUACCGAUGCUGUUCUGUAGAUUCUGUGCAGAGCUCAAUGAAUGCACAACGCACAAUGAAGUAAGACAACUGUGUAAACCUAUCACUAGCUAAACACCUAUCACAGCCUCUGUCUGUUUAAAGGGACAUCCUACUGGGUGAAAAACAUAACGAGCUGCUUUAUUUCACAGAAUAUUCCAGAAACAAAACAAUCAAAAAACAGUUGGGUCAGUGUACUGAGUACUGCAUUCGGGUUUAGAACUUAAAUGUGAUUUUAGGGGAGGGUAAAGUUACUGUAGUAACUUUGUUUUGAGAUGUUUUUUUUUUGUUGUUCAUAUUGUCAUAGUUCCAGAAAGAAGAGUCUGUGGAAAAGCUUUGUAGGGGCUUGUAAUGGGUUUGGUAUGUACAUAAAAUAUUUGUUGUGAUCUGAA